AUGGAAUUUGUACUUGAGAACUUGUGGUACAUUGACAACCAAAUGUGCGAGGGGGUGUGUCAGGACGCCAUGCACACGGUGCACAUCAUUCCGAAGGCGCCUGUUCCGUACAGCGUGAUAUUCGCGCAGAUGGAGACAUUUGACAAGUUUUACUCAUACGCGCAUGGCAAAAGAGAUGAAACAAAAGAGAAAGACACGGGCGUCAUACUGGCAAGCAUAUACGACAGGCUUCUGGUCCAAAAUGCCACAAUGGCCGACUUUAUCAAGGGCUUCAAGGCCUCCAGAGCCCUGGCCGAAAGCAAAAGAACCUCGUAUGUGCUGGAGCGGAUGAAGAAGGACAGGAAAAAACCCCGCACCAUAAAGGAGGGCGAGACAGACAAAAUAUUCUUAGACGCAAACAACUAUCUGGCCCAGCUGAAGCCUGCACAGUUCUAUAAGAUGGAGUGCGGCCUGGCCAGGCACUUUUUUGCAAGAAACCAGCUGGUGCUUGCGUAUAGGUUUGCAAAGGAGGCCUUGGAAAUGGCGAGUAGAAGCGCAUCCGCUGCGGGAAUCGAAGAGUCGCGCGCCCUGCUUAUAGAGGUGGAAAACAGGAUUGCCAAGGAAAAGGAGGACAGCCGCAUGCGCGCCUGA